UCUCCAGGCCGUGCAGCUGCAGCUACCGCCGCUCGUCCGCCAGUCCGUCCACCCACAGCAUGAGCGGCCUGCGUGUCUACAGCACGUCGGUCACCGGGUCACGCGAAAUCAAAUCCCAGCAGAGCGAGGUAACCCGCAUCCUAGAUGGGAAGCGCAUCCAGUACCAACUAGUGGACAUCUCCCAGGACAACGCCCUGCGGGAUGAGAUGCGAGCCUUGGCAGGCAACCCCAAGGCCACCCCACCCCAGAUUGUCAACGGGGACCAGUACUGUGGGGACUAUGAGCUCUUUGUGGAGGCUGUGGAACAAAACACGCUGCAGGAGUUCCUGAAACUGGCCUGAGCCAAGCCCAAGCUGGCCAACUGCACUCCCUCAUCACAUUCCCCCAACCCCCAGCCAUUGUGGGCCAUGAAGGACCUUGUGACCAACUAGCUGUUAUUCCUAACCUUCUGACCUUGGAGCCCCAUCCCCCAACCCAAGCCUCUCCUCCUCCCUCUAACUGUAGCCCCCUCUCUUCAUUCAGAGGCAACAUUCCUUACCCAGUAGUCUCAGAAAUUGUCUUAAGAAACAGCCCAAGUGCUAGCUGUCUCAGCCUGGCCCUGGGACAGCCACCCUGCCUGGCACUGGCUGAUGGGCACCUUUGUUGGUUCCAUUAGCCAGGGCUCUGCCAAAGGCCCCGCAAUCCUCAACCUGGGAGCACCCUAGAGACAAUUAAAUGUUCCAUUCCAUU